UUUUUUUUUUUUUUUUCCUUUUUUCUUUCCCCCUUUCUUUUUCUUUCUGUUCCCUCCCUGUUUUCUUUUUUCCUCUUUCUUUCUCUUUCUUUCUUUUCCUCUUGAUUUGCUUUUGCUUUAAGGUGAGGAAAGAGACAAACAGGAGACAGGAAGCUGAUCUGCAAGGAUUCGGAGUUAUGCUGAAAGGACUUUGAUUUUUUUUUUUCCGUUCCCCCUUUUACAAACGCUGGCAAUUGACAUCAAUACAGACAGCCUGGUAGAGAGCAAACUGCCUCAUCCCAAGUGGACCCCGGCAGCUGGGAGAAGGCAGACAAGAUCUGGGGAAGCUGUGUGUGGGGUUUGAUUUUUCCCACCGAUCCCGGUCUCCUAUUUUUUUUUUUUUUUUUUUUUUGGUGUGUUUCUUUUUUAUAUUCUUGCUGUGUUGGAACUAGCGAGUGGUGGAAGACGAGCAAUCUCCGAAGCCUCAUCAGUCAUCGGGACUGUCAGGAAUAGUGGCUUAAGAGGAAGCUCGGCCUGGGGCACUAUACCCUGUCAUCCAGUUCCCUGCCUCGGAGAUAAAGAUUCCAGCUACAUGGGCAAACGCCUGGAUCAGCCACAAAUGUACCCCCAGUACACUUACUACUAUCCUCAUUAUCUCCAAACCAAGCAGUCCUAUGCACCAGCUCCCCACCCCAUGGCUCCUCCCAGCCCCAGCACAAACAGCAGCAGCAACAACAGCAGCAGCAACAGCAGCGGGGAACAGUUGAGUAAAACCAACCUGUACAUUCGAGGCCUCCCACCAGGCACCACUGACCAGGACCUAAUCAAGCUGUGCCAACCGUAUGGAAAAAUUGUAUCGACAAAGGCAAUUCUUGACAAAAACACAAAUCAGUGCAAAGGUUACGGUUUUGUGGAUUUUGACAGUCCCGCAGCCGCCCAGAAAGCGGUAGCGUCUCUCAAGGCCAAUGGGGUGCAGGCACAGAUGGCCAAGCAACAAGAGCAAGACCCAACAAACCUAUACAUCUCAAAUCUCCCCAUUUCCAUGGAUGAGCAGGAACUUGAGAAUAUGCUGAAACCCUUUGGACACGUCAUUUCUACAAGAAUACUAAGAGAUGCUAACGGAGUCAGCCGAGGCGUUGGCUUUGCCAGAAUGGAGUCUACUGAAAAAUGUGAAGUGGUAAUUCAACAUUUUAAUGGAAAAUAUCUGAAAACACCGCCUGGCAUCCCAGCCCCUAGUGAGCCUUUACUGUGCAAAUUCGCUGAUGGAGGACAAAAGAAGAGACAGAAUCAAAGCAAAUACACCCAGAAUGGAAGGCCUUGGCCCAGGGAAGGAGAGGUACUGAGAGGCAGGACUGUCCCUAGGCAAAAUCAUGAAGCUGGCAUGGCUCUGACCUAUGACCCCACAGCUGCCAUACAAAAUGGAUUUUAUUCUUCACCGUACAGUAUUGCAACCAACCGCAUGAUUCCACAGACAUCUAUCACGCCAUUCAUUGCUGCUUCCCCUGUCUCCACAUACCAGGUCCAGAGUACUUCAUGGAUGCCUCAUCCGCCAUACGUUAUGCAACCAACAGGUGCUGUGAUUACGCCGACAAUGGACCAUCCAAUGUCAAUGCAGCCAGCAAACAUGAUGGGCCCCCUGACACAACAGAUGAACCACCUUUCGUUGGGCACAACAGGAACGAUUCAGUCCCAAGACAGGAUUAUGAUACUCCACCAGCUGUUGUGUCAGUAUAUGACUGCUGCUGCUCCUAUGCAAGGGACCUACAUUCCCCAGUACACGCCUGUGCCUCCGACAGCUGUUUCUAUUGAAGGUGUUGUUGCUGAUACCUCUCCCCAGACAGUGGCACCUUCAUCCCAGGACACCAGUGGUCAGCAGCAACAGAUAGCGGUGGACACAUCCAACGAACAUGCAUCUGCAUAUUCCUACCAACAGUCUAAACCAUAAACAAGACUGAAGAAUGUCCGUCUGAAACUUUGCCUUGAAUGAAGAGACUUCAUUGAACAAGAAGUUGGCUUCCAGUUUGCACAGGCGUCAAUGGAAUGCUUUUUUCUUUUUUAAUUUUGUACUUUACCCAACGAAAACAAAGCGUUUUGUGUGCUGUGCAAAUGGGUCCUUCAUGUGGUCUGACAGUUUAUUUUUGCCAUCAUUUUUUAAAUUAAAGUAAAAAAAAAAAAACAAAAAAAAAACCAGAAGAGGAAAAACAACAAAAACAAAACAUGGAAGGUUGACAAUUGAUCUGGAAGAACAUUUGAAGUCAGAAUUGACCUGAAGGUGUAGAUAGAUUUUUUUUUCUUUUUAAUAGAAAAUCGGAUGUCAAGAGGUGGGCAAGCAGAAAUGGAAAGAAAUUGUCUUCCUCGGUAAUUAAGCUACUCUUUAUUUUUUUUUCCUUCUUGUUUAAAUGUGGGUUGUUUUUUUAUUUUUUCUUAGAAAUAUUUAGGUAAGGUUUAUCUUGAAUCUUAAUUGCCUUAAUUUUAAGGACGUCAAAGGCUCUCGAGGCAAGCUGUCAACGUCUUGUUAAAAAAUCAAGAAAGAAUUGAAAUAUUGUGCCAGCUUUAACUGGUACAGAAGCUUAAGACUCUUGAGUUUUUAGGGUGAAAAAACUGUACAGUUUAAAAGAAAAUGUUUUUCUUCAUUUGAAGAAAAUUUGUUGAUAAAAGAAACCAUGGCAACUGCAAGAAUUGGAAAAAUGCUGGGACUUUUCAUGAACUUUGUCUUAAGUGUUGACCCAUUCUAGAAGGCUAAAACAUUUUAUGGUAAAGUUAUUAAGGUUGGUUUAAAAAACAACUGCAUUAGAAAUAAUGCGUGUUUGGGGGGCAGAAUGCAGAUUUUUUUAAUUUACAAAGCGUGAUUGCUAGCAAAAGCAUUAGUGCUUUUUAUCUGCAGUCUUUUUUAUGAGCUUUACAAAGUUUUUAGUCAGCUUUGCUUGUCACAUUGCAAAACCUAGCUUAAGAGCAUUAAAAAAAAAACACAAAAAUCUUAAGUAGAUAGGAGCUUAUGGUCAAAAGUGCAAAACAAAACAAACAAAAAAAUACAAAAAAAAAGCAAUAGAUAGAGAAAUUGUUGACAAUUUCUGUAGUCUUUCCUAGUUGUGAUCAAAUUCAGCCUAUGGAUGGCCUAUUUUAUACCAAAGAUGAAGUGGCACCCUAUUGCAGUCCAGAAAAUAGAGGUCAUUUUUCUUUACUUUUCGUUAAAAAUUUUUAUUUGACCUACAUGGCCGGACCAGUUCUUACUUUGUUGUUUGUUUAAACUACCUUCCACUGGUGUUUUACAUACUGCAAAAAAAAUUAUUUUUAAUAUUUGUUGUUAGUAGAAGCUUGCUCCUGCUGUGUUCAGCCGUUUCAGCAUGAAGAGUUCUGGAUACCAACUGAUAGAGCCAAAUGGCUUUCAAUUCCAUGAGCUUUUCCAGUUCCUUGCUAGCUCCCUUGAAUAGUGAAACCUAUAUGGAUGGCCACCAGUAAGUUAAGACACUUUUUUUAACAGGUUGAAAUUUCUUUUUGUGAAUUUUGAAUGAAAGAUACUUCCUGAACCUGGUCUGAAGAGUCACUUGUCCAAAAAAAAAAAAGAAAGCAUAGUGAUAUUCUGUUAAGUGGUGAGUGGUCUCCUGAAAAGGUCCCAUUGUGUUAGUAACAAUAGUCUUCCUUCUAAAUUCCAACACCUUUGAUUUUGUCUUUGCACCUUAGUCUUUGUCAUCAUCCACAAUCAAUAGGCACCUUGAUUCUGCAGUGGGGAAGGGAUAGCUUCUUUUUGCCUUUUUUUUUUUUUUUCAUUAUAUUUUCAUAUCCUGGUAUUGUCAGAAGAAAGACAAUAGACCUUUUUAUUUCAGUUUAACUCUCUGAGACAAGUAGGACCAAUAAGACUGAGGAUUCUAUUAGUGGAAUUUAGGUAAGCUUUUAAAAUGCUAGUUGACAAUCAAGAAAUUAUUAUUUAUAUUCAUAAGAACCAAAACAAUUGGGUUUGAUCAAUCAUUAAAGCCAAAGGAGAUAUAUUUGCAUUGAGAAUGAUGCAAAGCUUUCUCUAAAAUGAAUUAAAUUGAUGGAACAAACAUCCCUGCAUAUUUGGUUCAUGAAAUCCAUAUUCAACCUAUACAGUUUUACCUGAAACUAAGGACAAUGAAACUUUGUUCAUUGGACCAUGCCCUAGAAUUGCUUUUUGAAUGCAUCAUUAGAAUCAAAUAAGUAAAACUCUUUUCACAAACUAAGUCAUAGGAACCUGUCUUAGUCCAGAAGAAGAGGGAAAUGCAUUAAGUGCACUGUAAAAGAAAGCAGAGUUGGCUUUUAAAAACUAUUUAAAAAUUAAAGGAUAAAUCUUUUUUCCAUUAUAUCAACAUGGGUAAUGAGUUUGACUCACAUGAAAGUGUCAAUAUUUCACUAUUUAUGACCUACAAACAGAAGCCCAGUGUUGAAAUAGAUCUGGUUCUCUUAUUUGCAACACCAUGUACUGGAAACUCAAAUUUAGAGAGUGACUCCCUAUCUUUGUGAUCAAAUUAGAGGUGAAAAUAUAUCCAAGAAAACGUAACAUGCUACAGAGAAAUUCGAACUGGUCACACCCAUCCUUAUGUUUUUCCAUGAUUUAGAGAGAAUCUUAGUUUUCUACUCCCUUCUGUUCCAUCCUUCAGCCUCUUCUGUAUUUUAAGGGCGGCACUUAAGUUUUAUCUUUGAGAAGUGGGCCCCUAAGUUUCAGGGGGUAUAAGCAAAUAUGUAUGGGAACUGUAUUUUUCCUCUUUCUUUUUUUUCACUGUCUGAACUCUUUGUAUAAAUAAGGAUUAUCCUGGGCAUAAUUCAUUUGAAUAUGAAACCAACAUGCUUUCUUUUGUUUCUGUAAAAAAAAAAAAUAAUGUGAUACAAAGAAAGUCUCAUUUACACAACCAACAAUGAGGCUAAGAGGUAGCUACCAUGUGGCUGAUGAAUGUGCCUAGGUAACUUCCUGUUUCUAUUCAAAACUACUGCUUUAUUUAUACAUUCAGAAACAUUUUUUUCAACUAUGAAAUUUCCAUGAUCUCAAUUUUUUUUAAGCCACUUCAGGCAAAAGGAAAUUACCUAUAAUUUUAUGUAUCCAUGUGUGUUUUGUGUUUGGAUUUUUUAUAUCAUGCCAUUCUAUAAAAUACCUUAUUUCAAGUCAAGAAGGAAAAAAUGGCACAUGUUCAAAUUUGCAUCUGUCAUCUUACCUAAUUGUUUUUUAAGAGUCAUGUCUGGGGAGGGGUGGGCAGCAUCAACAGGUAAGCAGCAUUACAUUGUAUUAAAAAUAAAACAACCCAAAAUCUGUGUUCAGUACAUGCAGACAUCAGAAUCCUAAUUUAAUCAACAAUAGUUAUGUUGGUUAUUUUAAUCCUAUUUACGUCUGUAAUUUUUUUUAAGUAUUCUAGUUCACCGGGUUUUCAAGCAUUUAUUUCGGUGUUCAAUUUUUCCUUUCAAUUUUAAUUGUCAACACUUAACCUAAACAUUAGAAAUCAAACUAAAGCCAGAAUCCAAAUGGGAUAAACACUAUCUCAUCCAAACUCUAGUAACAAGAACACUGGAGGAGGUGGUGGUUUUAUUUUCAUUUUAAAUAAUAAGGUAUUGUCAGGGGUGACAAAGUAUGCCUCGUGACUAGGGGCUCCUCAGUGCAUGGCCAGGUCUCCUGAAGAUGUCAUGGACCCCAUGGGAACUCAGUGUGAUACUAGCAGGGGCUGAUGACCGUCCUUGAACAUUGCCAUGUCUUGAAUAUUGUAAGUGACAUAAUAAUCUCAAAAAAAAAAAUCCUCUGACUCCAGUUUGGUCAGGGUUAGUUUGUUUCCUUGGUAGAUGCCAAUUGUCCAGGUGUUGUCUCCAUGCUUCACUUGAAUCAAUUCUUCCUGUGACCUUAAUGGAUCUGCCAUAUUUGACAGCAUAUAAGACUCACCUUCAGUCUUUUCUAAUGAAAAACUACACAGUGUUAAAAGCACUCACCUUAGAGCAGGAAGGCUGAGAGUAGCAGGUGGAUAGAGGAAAUAGGAAGUUCACUGUACCUAUAGAAUACAUCAAUCUUUUGCAACACUGCUUUAAAAUUAUUUUCAAUGAAUGUGUGACCAAAAAAAAAACCAACCUAGUCUUUCCCCAAAAAACUUGAUUUGAAUAAUUGGGAUGCCAUCAAAUACCUAUGUACCUUUUACAGUGAUCUAAAAUCUCCAUUAGUGAAAAGUGAGAUUUGAUUUAAAUAGGACUUUUGCAGUCUUUUUCAUGAUUGAGAAGUUUCAAUGUGCUGUCUAGACAGAUUAUAAUGUUAGUAGGAGACUAAAAAUACAUUUGACAAUUGAAUCUCAUGCUUCAUUUGAGCACACAAACCUCUGCAGAUGAGCUGAUAAGCAGAGGAAAAUUCUUAAGUGGGUUUCAGUGAUAAAUGUUUUUAUGUGAUAUGAAAGGAUAAUAUUUGUGUAUGUGUAGUACAACAUUCAGCACUUUUGAGGGUCACUUCAAAAUAAAGUUAAAACAUGUCAUGGAGCCCUUGAUCUGUAUUAUCUUGUCCACAGUAGGGAGUGAAAGAUGAGAUUUUGUUUUCGUUAUUGUGGCUGGCAUGCUUCCAAAUUUGGAGCUCGCUGGGACUGACAGCCUCUCACUGCAAUCCGAGGGACUGAUGUAAUUGAAACAGGCUCAUUGAUUCUGUACACUAUCCCCUUCCUGUGGCACAGUGAUAGUGGCAUUUCAUUAAUGAAUCAAUUCAUUUUACAAAUGACAUCCACUGUGGCAGUGGAGGACAGUUGAGUCUAACUCAAAUUUAAUAAAUUCCACCAAAUAUAUUUAAAUAUGUAAUUAGUCUUUUCAUCCAAAUGCUCUUGGUCAUGGCUGUCCUUUGUAGAUUACAUAGUUCAGGAAAGUACAAAAGCUAAAUGUAAGAUCCCUGAGUGGCCCCCAAAAUCGUUUAUGAUACAGGGUAGGGAACUCACCCCAGAUUGACCUCUUUUAUCGUUGGUUAUAUACCCCAAUACAUAUACAUAUUCAUCCUCUCUCUCUCUCUCUCUCUCUCUCUCUCUCUCUCUCUCUCUCUCUCUCUCUCUCUCUCUCUCUCUCUCUCUCACACACACACACACACACACACAGGAUGGAUGGCUUCUCAAUAUUCAUUUCUUUGUAUUUUGGGGAGGAAAAAUGAUGUUUCAAGAAAUGCUUCUUUCCCUCAGAAGCGUAAAAGCUGAAGCAGAAAUGAGAUCAAGCUUGGAAUCUGCAGGAAGGACCACUAGGCCACUGAGUCACACUUUCCUUCCCUUUUAUUCACUCUAGUUAAUAACCACCCCAUGACGAAAUCUUACAGAAAUACAAUCACUCUCAAUUUUUGAAGGGCUAAUUAUCUACUUUGUGCAUUUCUUUUAUAUUUUCUUUUCAACUAUUAGGACUUGGGGCUCGAGUGUUUUUUUUUGUUUUUUGGUGUUUUUUUUGUUUGUUUUUUUUUAACAUGCCACCCUGAGGGUGGAAAAAGAAACAAUUGGAAGUAAAAUUCAAAUUAGUCUAUUUUGCUCUUUGUUAAGUAUUGGUUUAUUGAAGGAGUUUGAAAUCAUUUGUAAAAAUUAAUGUCAGAGCAUUAUAUAGCAUUGAUUUUUUUUAUUACCCAUGGUGUCCCUUUCCCAUCCACCACAAAUAAUUGAGAGUUGACUGUAUUCUUGCAGAACAUAAAGAAAAGAAGAAAAAAAAAAAACAACACAAAAAAACUGUAGCCAAGAAUUUGGCUUCCCUCAAAAGAAAGCUGUUUCGGUUUCGUUCACCUUUGAAACUUGAACCAGUAGAAAAGGUCAACUCAAAAUUCAGUUAUGAAAAUAUAACCGCUCUUAGUUAAAUACACACUUAUCCCCAUCUUAAAUCUUUCAUGCAAAAAAAAAAAAAAUUUUUUUUAACUUUGCAUUAAUGUGUUAAGGCUGAAUGACCUUGACAUUCCAGUGGAUUUAUUUAAAUAAUCAUUUCAAAUUUAAAUAGUGUCCAAAGUGUAACUUUACUGUUACACUUUUUAUUUUAGGCCCUCUGGUCUUAGAUUAUUAAGAUGCUCUGUCCUCCCUAAAUGCUAUUCCCUCAUAUAUAAAAAAGGAGUUAUUCCAUACUUUUCAGGAACUGUAAAUACUAUUUCAAAAAGACACUUGAAAAAGUUUUCUCCAUUCUGAAAAUCAAUGCUUUCAUUUCCUUAAAAAGAAGAAUUGGAAUAUUAAUUCAAAAAUAUAUAGGUAAAAGUGUUCUUGCUAUGAAAUAUUCAGUUUCUUUAAAAAAAAGGGGGGGGGACAGCUUCUAUUAAAACCCUUGUUUCAGGCCAUAUUUGACUUCAUGGAACUUCUAGAUCAUCAUUUAAUUUUGAACUUAAUUUAAGAGCAUUUUGUACUGCUGUCUCUGUCAUGGAAAGUUCUGUAAUUCUAUGGUGUUUCUGGUUUUAUUUUUAAUAUUUUCAUCUGUACCACAGUCAAACUGGCUACCAUUUCCCCCAUUCCUUGGGCUUUCUGUAGAUCAGUGGAUGUUAGGUUUAAACUUCUGUUUUAUUUGAUGAAGCUUUCAAUAAAAAAUGGAAAUAAAAUCAA